AUGAUCGGCAAUGUGAUUUGUGCACAGGGUCAAGUCAUCGUUUGGUUGCUUAUGAUGUUCUUGGCUUACGCGUACAUGAUAGCUGUUCGAUUGCACUUCACUUACUCUAUGAUGGUGAUGAUGAAAUCUCCACUUGUGGCGGCCCCACACAAUGACCAUUGUCCAGGUGUGGAAAUUAACGUUGGCAUAAACUCGACGAUUGACGAAAAAAGAAUGGACUGGUCGUUGGAAGAACAAAGCAUUACGAUGUCGGCCUACUUUAUCGGUAUGCUGUUCACCGUGUUUCCCGGAGGAGUGUACGCCAACAGAGGUUACGAGAGAGAAAUAAUGGGAUUGUGUAUGUUCGUCAGUGCGGUUUCAGUAAUAUUCUGUCCAAUAGCGGCUGUGCAAUUACACAGUUGGAUUGCCGUAUUCGUCCUCCGCUUUUUUGUCGGAUGUGCGUUUGGUCCGGUAGCUCCGUGUGGCGGCACUAUAGCUGGUAAAAUCAUUCCCAAGUCGAGCAGAGCUUUGUUUUCCACCUUUAUGUUUUCCGGUACAAUAUUUGGUGCUUUUAGUGGUCAUCUAUUCAGCGGCUUGAUUAUACCAAACACGUCACAUUCCUGGAGUUUCUUUAUAUUGGGCACUUUUGCUAUUCUUUGGUCGCUUAUAUGGAUGGUAAUGUUCUGCAAAAUGCCAUACAAAGUGUUAGAAGACGCCAGCAACCAUUCGUUGAGUGUUUUCUCUACACCUUGGAAAACCGCCCUUCAAUCCGAAGCGUACAUCAGCCUACUGAUUGCCUCUCUUGGAUUCGGAAACCUGUACAGCUUUAUCACCACCGGAUUGCCCAUAUACACUGCCAGAGUUCUGGGCGGCGAUGCAGUUAAAAACGGCGUUAAUGUCUGUCAACCGUGGCUGAUGUGUUGGAUAACUUCGAUAGCGGUUGGAUUGCUAUCCAUGGAGUUAAUCGUAGCAAACAGAUUAAGGAAAAAUACUGUUAGAAAGUUGUACGCUGGCGUAGUACUAGUAGUGUGCCCUCUGAUGGUUCUCAGCAUUAGACUGUCGAAUUGCCAUUCUUCGCAGACCAAAAUAUUUAUAUGGAUGGCUAUAAUAUUGCUGGCAUUUGAGCGCAACAGUAUUCGAAUAAAUUCUUUGGAUUUAUGUCCUAAGUUUGCCGGCAGUUUGAUAGCAUUGAGCGAUGUGUUCUUUUCCGUGGGCAACGUACUGGAUUUGUUUGUAGCCAGGAAUAUACAUGUUAAAGACUUCGAUUGGAACUUUGUGUUUUACAUUGCAACGUUUUUUCCAAUCGUAUGCAGUGUUCCGUUUCUAUUGUUUGGUACGGCUGCUCAACAGACCCAUUGGGAGCUAGUACGUUAUAGACGGUCGAGCGUUAGUACAUAACCAAUACGAAAGAUGUAAUAUUUUCUCAUUGUAUAAUUAAAAAGUAUUGUACAAUUAACUUCGUCGUAUUUAA